AGCUAAUGCUGCUGCCAGCGUCGCCUAAAUGACUCGAGCCCAUCAUGUGCCCUCAAAUCCCAGCGGGUUUAUGUCGCUAGACAAGUUCGUCACAGUGGGGAUCCAACGAAUAUAUCGGCCAACCAUGCUUUAGCAAGGCGCGAUGCUAUAGGGGCUAGGCUCACCCUUCCCUGCCGGCGACCAGCCCACAUAUUCGCCUUCGGCGCCUCUGGGAAAAUUAAGAAAGCACGGUCGCCUCCUGCACGCUCAGGAUUGCCAACGCGUUCUGCUGUCUCUAUCCCGAUGACAACUGAGCAUGGUGUUUUCUGCAUCUAAAUUACGCUUUGUACAGGUCCUUUUAGUGUUGUUCGGGGUUGCCUUCAUCCUCUUUAAGCUACGAUCGAGCACAACCGCCCCCACCCAACAGCUCUGGAGGGACCAUGAUUGGGACAACUUCGAUGCCAUCAAAAACGAAACCCUUGGGGUUCAAAAGGUCUUCGCCAUUAACCUUGUCAGCCGGCCUGACAAGCGAGACAAUAUCGUUCUGGGCUCAUCCCUCAGCAAUUUCCACGUCGACUGGAUCGACGGUGUGACUCCGGAUGAAGUAGAUGCUAAAUCCUAUCCAUACAACUGGAACCAUGGCCAUAAACGGACCGAGUACGCUGCCCGACGGGCGCAUGUCAACGGACUCCAGCGAAUUGUCCAGGAGAGAUUAGCGAGUGCUAUUAUUAUGGAAGACGAUUCUGACUGGGAUGUAUCAAUCAAAGUCCAGCUUGAGAGCUUCGCCCACGCAGUCCGAGCCCUCCAGCACCAGGAUACCCGGAAAGUCCCGACUCAGUCACCGUACGGCGACGACUGGGACAUCCUAUGGUUAGGCCACUGCGGCAUGUCAUGUAAAACUGAUUUGCCAUUUUACCUUACGCCGAAUGACCCAACUAUCCCAAUGCCGCAUCACUUUCUCCCCCAGUGGCGCGACCCUCCAGCAUUCGAGGGGUACGAGAGACUCAACCACAGUCGACUUGCGUGCACAGCAAGCGACGCAGUCUGCUCGAUGUUUUAUGCCGUGAGCUACAGUGGUGCGCAACGGAUCCUCGCGGCCCUGUCGGUUAACCCGUCUGGUCUUGCAGAAGAAAUUGAUAUUGGAGCCCAGUUUGAUGUCUCCCUCGGACGCAUGUGCGGUAAUGGACCAAGAGCAAAGUCUUCUGAUAUCCACGAUGAGACCGGUGGGGAAGAAGGCUUUUUCAGCUGGGGCGUGAUGUAUAGCACAAUGCUCAAUAUCAACCGUAUCCUGAAGGGGGAACGGACCGUUCAUGCAACAUGGGGCGAUGUCGAUGUGUUGGAUGUCAUUCCUGGAGAGAUCACAAUGGAAAAGGGGGCUGCUUAUAGUCCUAAGAGCAGAACCUAG